AUGUCCGAGCACGGAGGGUACCAUGACGACCGCGAUGGCGGCCCGACCUUCGAAGACCUCGCGAUCGACGACUCGCUCACGGACCUCGACCGCGUGAUCCGCUACGUCGACAGCAACAUUGCGCUGCAGCGGGUCAUCCAUGUGCGCAUGCUCGAAGAGACGGCUGUCUCGUCUGGCUACGAGAAGACGUGCAGCAGCAUCAUUCCGCUUCUCGAGCCGCUUGUGAGCGACGUCGAGUUUGUCGUGCGGCAGCACGUUGCGGGGCAACUCCCAGGCCUCUGCAAGUUUCUCGUCUCGGCCGGCGGCGACGACGGCUACAAGAUCGUGCUCGAGACCAUGAUGCCCCUCAUGAGCAAGCUCCUCUCGGACGUCCAAGCCGAAGUCCGACACAUUGCCUGCGAGAGUCUGGUCACCCUCGCCGAAAUUAUCAAGUCGGAGGACCAAGGCCAACACGUGCUCACGCUUGUGCUGCCGUUUGCCCACGAAGACGACGACGAGCAGAUGCGCAUCACCGCUCUCAUCUUGCUCAACAAGCUCGCCGUCUUCCUCGGCCGCGACCUCUGCUGCCAAUUCUGCGUCCCCGAGUUCAUCUCACUCUCCGAGGACCCGGUCUUCCGCGUCCGAAAGGCCAUGGUGCUCAACUUUGCGAACGUGUGCAUGACGGCGGGCCCGGACGUCACCGAGGAACGCCUCUUGCCGGCGUACACGCGGCUGGCCAAGGAUGAAAUCUGGGGCGUCCGCAAAGCCUGCGCCGAGUCGCUCGUCGACAUGUCCAAGACACUCGCGCCCGAGAAGCGGGCGUCGGCGCUCACUCCGCUCUUUACAGCCUUUUCCCACGACGCCUCCAAGUGGGUUCGUAUCGCAGCCUACCAGCAACUCGGCCCGUACCUCUCGACGCUGCCGCCGCAUGAAAUCACCGAGACGCUCACAACGUCGUACGCUGACAUGGCAACGCGUCCGACCGCGCUGCUGCUCAGCGGCGCCGAAGCCGACAUGAAGUUUCACUGCGCCUACAACUUUCCGGCCGUGCUGCACACGCUGGGGCGUGACGGCUGGCUGCGCAUUGCGCGCGCGUUCGAGGCGCUGACCGUCGACGGUUUCUGGAAGGUCCGGCGCACGCUGGCGCACUCGCUUCAUGAGAUUGCGCGCAUUCUGGGGCCCGAGAUGACCGAGGCGCACCUCACGAGUGCCUUUGACACGUUUCUUCAGGACAUUGACGACGUCAAGAUGGGCUCGAUCACGCAUUUUGCCGACUUUUUGGCCGCGAUUUCGCCGACCGCGCGCCACGAGUACCUUGCCGUGCUCGCCGAAUUCAACGAUUUCCAAGCGCACUCGAAAUUCAAACUCAAGUGGCGCUUCCGCGGCCUCAUUAGCGAACAGCUGCCUGCGAUCUGCACGCUCUUCCCGCCCGCCGACACGUUUGCGAUCGUCGCGCCGCUCAUCUUUCAGCUCGUGACGGACGACGUGGCGUGCGUGCGCGACUCGAGCUUCCACAACCCCGAGUGGACCGAAGCCCUUGCCGAGCGCGUCCGAGCGCUCCAGGCGUCGUCCGUGUACAUUCAUCGCCAGAUUUAUAUCCGCGUCUGUCGGGCCUUUGUCCUUGGCGGCCACGCGCCUGUGUUUGAAGCGUCGCUCGCGGCGCCCUUCUUUGCGCUCGCCAGCGACCCGGUCUUCAACGUUCGGCUUGCACUCGUCCGUAUCCUUGUCGAGCUCCAAGAGCACUUGACGAUCCCAACCGACGCGCUCCGCGCCUUCGGGGCCGACCCCCAUGUCGAUAUCCAAGUGUGCUUUACCCAGCUCCGUGGCGCCUCGGACGUGGAGAUGACCGCCACCGCUGAAGCGUCGAUGGCAACGAUGGAAGAAGCCGCCGCCGAUGAGGUGACGGACGCCGUCGACGACCUCGAAGAUGUCGCCGAGGAAGCUCCUGCAAGUGCCGAUGACCAAGAUGCGGCUGUUGCCGGCGACGACAUAUCGCCAUUGGACGCCGACACUGCUGUGUCGGUGGGAGACAUAACUGCGACGAUCGAGGGCGCAGUCCCAGCGCCUAUUGAGGACGAGGUCAACCCGUCGCCGCCAUAA